AUGUCGCAAGUUAAAAGACAACUAAAUCACAAUCUAAGCCAACAAUCUGGUGAAGCAUAUCCUCAUCAAUAUGACCUACAAACCAUUGGAAUGAGAAUAAGAAAAGCUGUUUCUGACGGUUAUCAAACCAGUAACAAUACCUUCCCACAAGAACCAAGACAACAAGAACAACAACAACAACAAUUCCCACCAUUCCAAAGAGUUCCAUUACCUUCAAAUGUGGUUGUGCCUCCUUUACUAUCGAACGCUACAUCUUCAUCAUUUGGAUCCAGUUUUGAAGAAUGGGAAAACAAUUUGGAUGUCAGAUUAAACAACAUUGAAAACGUCUUAACUACAAACAAAGAAGCUUUAAGUAAAAGAAGAUUCGAAUGUGUUGAUAAUGAUUGGUGA